AUGCCGCCGCGUAAGCAAAAUUAUGCCUUAAAGACCGCCAACGCGGCGAGAAGCGGUUCAGUGAUUAACUUCAGACCGCCAGUGAGUUCGAUCUCACUGCGUCGGAACUCUGCCGUCCUUCCCUCGGUGCUCACUUUCGCAGUUAUCGUGGCAUCCGGAGGCCUGUUGCUCAUGAUAGAAAAGGGGAUGUUGAAUAGUAUGGAGACUCCACCACCUCGAGCCAACGGAAAGAAACUAGACAACCAGGUCAGACAUCUCGAUCCAGCUGUGGACGUGGAAUCACAGUUCCUACAGGAGGUCCGUAACCGAACCAUAAGGACUGUAUGUGGACAGAAGAACAUGCCACACAGCGUGUGGUCUCUGAGCCCCUUACAGCGAAAGACUUUACUCCAGCACAUUUUGGUUAAUGAUGAGCAUCGCUUUCUUUACUGCUACGUGCCCAAGGUCGCGUGCUCCAACUGGAAACGGGUGCUCAAAGUCCUGAGUGGUGCUCUAGCCAAUGUAGACGUCAAGGUGAAAAUGGAUCACCGCGCCGAUCUCGUCUUUCUCUCCGACUUCCCUCCAGAGGAGAUUCGCUAUCGUUUGCAGCACUACUUCAAAUUCCUCUUCGUACGUGAGCCGAUGGCCCGCCUGCUUUCGGCCUAUCGCAACAAAUUUGGUGAGAUUGAAGCCUACCAACGCAAGUACGGCGUCGAGAUUAUACGGCGCUACCGGAAAGGUCAUGCUAAGGAUGUUGCCAGUGCAGGAGAUGAUGUGACCUUCACCGAGUUCGUGCGUUACCUGCUCGACGAGGAUCCGGAGCGCAUGAACGAACACUGGAUGCCUAUUUAUAACUUAUGUCAGCCCUGUGCCAUAGGCUAUGACUUCAUUGGCUCGUACGAGCGCCUGGAGAGUGAUGCAGCCUAUGUUUUGGAACGUGUUGGUGCACCGCCGCACGUGCGUUUCCCUGAACGCCAAACUUGGUACAAGCCAGUAACCAAGGAGACAUUGCAUUAUUACCUGUGCAGCGUGCCUCAGAAACUGCUCAGAGAACUUUUGCCCAAGUACAUUCUAGACUUUUCUCUUUUCAGCUACCCACUUCCCAACACCACAGCUGAACACUGUAGACACUGA